AUGUCUUAUAAGAUUGUGUUAGAUGAGGCUGCUAUUAUUAAAGAGAUUCUUUAUAAAUUAGAUUUAAGUAGUAGUAAUAAUAGUAAUAAAAAUGAUGUUGAAAUUACAAAAAUUCCUCAUUUAGUUGACUUGAAACAAUGUAAUUUACUAAUACAGUAUAUAAAACAACAAAAACUAGAAAUAUUUGUAAAGAACCAAGAUUUACUACAAUUGCAAAGUUUGUUAAAAUGA